AUGGACGCCAUCACAAUCCUGGGCUUGAUCUACUGGCUGAUCUGCAUGAUUGCGUUCGGACCACUGAUGUUCUUUGUCUGCGUUUACCUGCCAGAGGUUCCGGUGCGGUAUGUAAAGGGUCUGAGGCAGCACACCUGAGCGCCUUCCACCCUACUUGACCACCAACUAGCAAAGUCCGUAGUACAUAAAUUGCCUAAGCCAUAGUUAAAAUGAUAUUGAUGUACAACCGAUCGAUUUGCAAUAAAAGUAUACACCAGAAAGCAUUCAA